AGAUUUGUUACAGUUCCCUGGAGAAGAUGAUGUAGACGUUGCAAUGAAAAUUCUGGUUCAGUGGCAUUCCCAAGGCCUUGAAGAUGUCCGGCUGGUAAAUUACUCUGUUUUGCUUGACCUACCAAGCUCUUCUUCAAACACAGUAACUCUGAAAAGCAGUGGUGAAUGCUUCUAUCCAAGUGGAGAACAGUGCAGCAGAGACCCCAAAACAUUUCAUAGCCACGACCUCCUAUACUCAUAUGCAGCUUACUCUGCCAAAGGAACUCUUGAGGCAGAGCUUGUUGAUGUACAGUAUGGGACCAUGGAAGACCUGAUCCGGAUUCAAGCCAUUACAAACGUGACCAAAAAAAUUGCACUUUUGAAGCUAGGACAAUCACCUUUGCUUUAUAAGCUUUCUCUGUUGGAAGAUGCAGGGUUUGGUGGUGUUCUUCUUUACAUUGAUCCUUGUGACUUACCAAAGACUACAGAUCUUGCUGAUAAAGCUUUUAUGGUUUCCUUGAACAGUGGAGGAGAUCCAUCAACUCCUGGUUACGCCAGUAUUGAUGGAAGCUACAGGCAAAAUCGAGUGAACCUCACAACACUGUUAGUACAACCAAUUUCUGCAGUUCUUGCCAGAAAACUUGUUUCCUUACCCGAGGACACUGUCCAAAAAGAUAGGUGUGUUCCCCUCCAUCUGCCAGCUACAGGCAAAAAAAUAAUCAGUCUGAAUAUUCAGUCAGUCACAACUUACAAGACUAUUUCUAAUGUUAUUGGAUAUUUAAAAGGAGAUGUAUUUCCUGACAGAUACAUCAUCAUUGGUAGCCAUCAUAGCAGUCUGAAUACUUAUGGUGGACAAGGAUGGGCCAGUAGCACUGCUAUCAUCACAGCAUUGAUACAAGCCUUGACACUGAAGGUUAAGAGAGGUUGGAGACCUGACAGGACCAUUGUUUUCUGCUCAUGGGGAGGAACAGCAUUUGGGAACAUUGGUUCAUAUGAGUGGGCUGAGGAUCUCAAGAGAGUUCUUCAAAGAAAUGUUGUGGCUUACAUUAGCCUCCAUAAUCCAGUCAGUGGCAACUCAACUUUACACCCUGUUGCAUCCCCUUCUCUUCAGCAACUGGCAGCAGAGAGCCAGAGCUUCAACUGUGUGGAAAAGACUAGAUGUCCAGGAUCUAAUGUGAGUUCUGUGCAGAUACAAGGGGAUUCAGAUUACUUCAUCAACCAUCUCGGAGUACCUGCCACACAGUUUUCUUAUGAGGACAUCAAAACAUCAGAGAAUUCUAGCUUUCUCUCUGAAGCUCUAUUUCCUGUACAUGCAACAAAAACUGAAGAGCUGGAUCCCUCCUUCAGCCUGCACGAGACCAUUGGCAAGCUAACAGGACAAGUGACUUUGCAAAUUGCCAAUGAACCGGUUUUGCCGUUUAGUGCCCUCGACAUCGCGUUAGAAGUUCAGAACAGUCUUAAAGGUGAUGAAGUUGGCAUGCCACAGUUGCUUGCAGUGGCAUCACGUCUGAGGGACACUGCCGAAUUGUUCCAGUCGGAUGAGAUGCGCCCAGCUAAUGACCCCAAGGAGAGAGCUCCUAUCAGAGUCAGGAUGCUCAAUGAUGUGCUACAAGGCUUGGAGAAAAGCUUCCUGGUUCAUCGAGCUCCGCCAGGACUUUACAGAAAUAUUCUUUACAGACUAGAUGAAAGGACCAGCCAGUUUUCAGUACUGCUAGAGGCACUGGAGCACUGCAAACUACAUCAGUCAAAUGAGACCAUUCAAGCAGCCUUGUCAGAGGUGCUGAACAGCAUCAAUUCAGCUCAGGUUUACUUCAAAGCAGGACUUGAUGUGUUUGAGACUACCUUAGCUGGAAAGAAAUGA